AUGCCGCCCCGCUAUACCCGCCGCUUGGCACUCCUAGCGGUGGCCAUAUUCGUGGCCGUUGGUCUCUUUAUUGUUGAGCAACGACCCCAGCACUCGCUUGAACCGCACGCGUUUCCCUCCCUAUACAAUUUGGUGCAUGAGGUGCAAGAACCUCUGAAGGAAGGUGAGUCGGCAGCGCCACAUUCUGAUCACGAUGAGCUCGAACUCGACCCCUGUACGGUGCUCUCUCCUCAUAAGGGCUUUAUUGACUUGCGUGGCUUGUCAGUGGUGGCUGGCCAUGGCCACGAUGUGAAACAACUUCUGUGGUCUGCCAAAGGCUACGACUCUGGUCAUAACUAUACCGUGGGCGUGUGUCUGGGUGCCAUAAAGAGACACCUUCUACCGAAUGUAGAGGUUGUAGACUCGCUAAACGCCUCUCAGGUUGGGGCGUACUAUAUUGACCAGGAAACAGGUCGCUAUAUUCUGAUGGGCCAGGUAUCUACAAGACCCAUGUUCAAGGGCAAGAAACUCACCUUGACUUAUGAGAACGGAUCAAAUUGCAAUGGGAUGACGUUCAAAGAUGGCACCCCUCUUAGAAGGAGAACCAUACUCACGUUUACUUGUGACAGAGAUAUGUUAACUAAAGCACAUGUAUCCUACGUUGCCGCGGUCGACGAGUGUACGUACUUCUUCGAGGUUCGCUCUCACCUAGCGUGUCCUACAGCAGCUAAAGCUGACAACCUAGCUGCCAUUUGGAUAUUUGUUCUCAUCUUGUUGGCCGCUUUGCUCGUUUAUUUAUCUGGUGGAAUUUUCUACAAAGCGUUGAAGCAACGCCAAUCACUGCAUUCAUAA